AUGUGUAGCAAGCGGUAUACACCAUUUAAGCUCGCCCCACCCAUACAUCAAGCGCUUGUCAUUGCUGAAAAGCAAAUUGACCAAAAGGUGUGGUUCACUGUACGGGUCAUUCCUCAACAAACCGAUAUUCGUUAUGUGAAUGGAGUCCCUGUGGGCAUCAAGGCUGUUGCUCGUCAGCCGUAUUCGAUUGCUCGUCGAUACGAAGACUUUGUUCAACUCUCACAACGAUUGCAUGAAGCAUUUCCACCACUCACUACCACUACCAACAACCACUCACGUCGCCAUCAAGGUGGGCCAAGCAUUCCCAAAUUGAGCAGCCAUAGCAGUAGCAAGCGUAUCCACUUGUUGCACAAUCAAGCCAAGCGACAAUUACAACGACGUACCGAUCUUGAAAAGUUUUUGUAUCAGCUAUUUCGCUUGCCAGCAUCCAUUGCUCAAUCAUUACCGGUGCUUGAAUUUUUUGGACAGCAGUCGCAUGACCGCCGUAGCAGCAAGGUGCAGCUUUGUUCCGUAAUGACCGAUCCGAUGCCGACAUUGGAUUCAUCUCCUUCAACAUGGCAACGCUUACGCGCACGAGCAACAUCAUCAUCCAAUAACCAACAAAUGACAUCCAGCCAAAGCUGCACCACCAUCUCAACUUUUAAAAAGAAAAGAAAACCCAGCACAACAACAACAUCAUCAGCAUCAGCUGCAGCCUUCCCCUACUUAUCAUCAUCACCCUCCAUGAUGACGACGACAACAACAACAACGCCAUCGUCAACAUCACCCCCAUCAUCUGCUUAUAGCCCCUGUCCACAACCUAGCCUAUCAACAGCCACCACCAUUUCAUCCAUUGCCAGCAUGAUCAUGCCAUCCUUUUCAACCCCACGUCGCAUUGGUAGUAGUAGCACCAUUAGCCGAUCCUCCACUACCAGCAGCCGUGAUAGUGUUAGUACGUGUGACAGCAACAACAGCAGUACGACGACUCCAACACCGCCUGGUAGCCCUAUUUCCACCUCCUCUUGUGUGUCAUGCACCAUCAAGAUCAAGGUCAUUUACGAUGUCGACAAUAUUAUCGUCAUCCAAGUACCACGCACCGUAUCCAUGGCCGAUUUGCGAUCACGUAUUAUGCUCAAAUUCUCGCUCGAUCCUGCAACACGUUUACCUACCAGUGACUUUUGCUUACUGUACAAUGAUGCACGAUCCUCGGGUACGAGUGCCGCCUCAUGUUUUUCCGCUCGCAGUGAUAGAAUGACCAUUAUUGCUGAUGACAAGGAUCUCCGAGCUGCCAUGGAUAAACUUUGGAGCCAGCAUGAAAAGGUCACCCUUCGCUGCAUUGCUAAAAAUAACCCCACCACAAGGCGACGCCCAUCUCUUUUGUAA